UCAACUUUUGAGGCUCGAUGCUUUCUCGAAGCUGGCGUCAGCCAAUCAAAUCCCGUUUUUGCAAUUCCCGCCAGUACAAGCGCUAGCCAAUCAAACCGCGUGUAUGCUGAUCCCGCAGGUCUUGACUAUUUUCCAUAUGUCAUAAAAUGGAGGACAAAUUAAUCAUUGCUGUGGCAAAUGUCCCAGUCCUGUAUGACUGUACUCUGUUCACCUACCGGGACCUAAACCGGAGGAACCAGGCAUGGCGGGAGGUGGCAGAGACAGUUGGUGAAACUGAUAAUGUCUGCAAGAAGAGAUGGAAGAGUCUGAGGGACAGGUUCCGCAAGGAAAAGAAUAUGGAGAAGGAGGCCAAAAGAAGCGGGGCAGGGUCUGCAGGGGGGUACAAGCCCUGGCGUUUCAUGGCAGUGAUGGGGUUUUUAACCCCAUUCAUCAUAGACCGUGAGACGUCCAGCAAUGUCCCCCGGCAGACCCUGCCUCCAUCCACCCUGGUGGCAGAGGAAGAGAGCCAGGUAGACAGUGAGUCAGCCAGCCAGUCCACCAGUCAGCCAGCAGCAGUCAGCCAGGAGGAGAAUGCUGAGGUCCGGGGCAAAACACGGGGGAGGGGGAGGGGGAGGGAGAUGUCCCCGUUUGAACGAAGUCUGCUGUCUGCUGUCAGCAAUUACCCAGCAAUUGCCCAGCCAACCCCACCAGUGGUGGAGGAGGACGAGGAUUUGCAAUUUUUCAAGAGCCUCUUGCCCACCAUGAGGCAGAUGACAAGGGCACAGAGGGCAAGAGUCCGCCUCGGGGUACACCAGCUAAUUUUUGACGUGGACCAGCAGGACAAUUUAUAA